CGGAAAUAAAGUAAACAGACCAACCGCGACUUCGUUUCAAAAACAAGGGUCAGCUGACGUAAACGCAACUGUCUUUUACCAUUUACCUGUAUUUUUUUCGUAAGAAAUGACGAAGGACAAAGAAAGGGAAGUUUUCGAGAUGAACACUGAAGAGAAGAGGUUAAAUUCUUUCAAGAAAUGGCCUUAUGGAAGUGAUACGAGUAUAAAUAAGGAAAAGAUGGCUGCUGCAGGAUUUUAUUACAUUGGUAGUAAAAAGGAACCUGACCUGGUCCGUUGCUUUGUGUGCUUGAAAGAACUAGAUGGAUGGGAGGUAGAAGAUGACCCCUGGGAGGAGCACAAAAACCAUGCUUCAUAUUGCCAGUUCAUCCAGCUUAACAAGGCAGAGAGUGAGAUUACUUUUGAAGAGAUGCAUGACUUGGAAAUGCAGCGACAGAUUAAUAUGGCUGUAAGUAAUCUUUACCAGAGUUUGUAUCUAUACAAGAUAAAAGUUUAUUUUCUGUACUAUAGGAACCCCCAAUCCCUUGCUCAUGGGGGGCUUAGGAGGCGAGGACUGGGACCCAAUACUAGGGAUCUCCCCUGCCUUGGGCCUCAGCCCUUGACUCUUUUUCCCUCCUGCUUUUUCAUUUCGGUCCCUUCACCAACCCCUUCUACUAUCCACUUCCUAAGGUAUGAGAGCCAUGCUGAAAGAAUGAAAGCCUGACUUUGUGCCAGUCCU